CUCUUUCAUUAGAACAUUUGCAUAAUUAGAUAAUGUAUAUCCGUGUAAUAAACGCAGGAAUUGUGGUAUUUAUUUGAAAAUGUUCAUAAUUUAUCCACUCAUUAUGCAUAUGCCAAAUAAAAACAACAUUUAACUUAUUUUCCACCAUCUACAAGCGUGGGAAGAUAAAGAAACUAACCAUAGAUUCGAACGGAAGAAGAAUUCGCAGCUGGAGCCAUAACAAUAAAUUUAUUUUCAGUGCCCUUGCAUAGGACCAUGUCGUUCACGUACCCAAAACCUCGACGAGAUGAAACUGUAAAAGACGAUUUUUUUGGGACUCAGGUUUCCGAUCCCUACCGCUGGUUGGAGGAUCCAGACUCAGAAGAAACGCGGAGUUUCGUCAAUGCUCAAAAUGAAAUUAGCAGACCUUAUCUGGAGAACUGCCCUUAUAAAGACUCGAUUAGAAGUAGAAUAACGCAACUUUGGGACUUCAUGAGGUUUUCAGUUCCCUUUAAGCAUGGAAACAAAUAUUUUCAAUAUAGAAAUACUGGUCUACAAAAUCAGAGCGUAUUAUAUGUUCAGGAUUCCCUGAAAGGCAAAGAAAGGGUGUUUCUGGAUUUGAACGGUUUUUCCGAAGAUGGCACUGUAGCCCUCUCAGGCAACUGUUUUUCAGAUGAUGGAAGCACUUUUGCUUAUGGACUGAGCAGUAGUGGAUCUGAUUGGAUUGAAAUACGCUUUAGAGAUGUUGAAACAGGUGAAGAUCAUCCUGAAACACUGAAAAAAGUUAAAUAUUCCCCAAUGACAUGGAUGCAUGAUAAUAAAGGAUUUUUUUACGGAGGGUACUUAAAUCAGACGGGAAAAGCCGAUGGGUCAGAAACUACUUCGAGUGAAAAUCAAAAGCUUUAUUAUCACGAACUGGGAACUGAUCAAUCUCAAGAUGUAGUAGUGGUUGAAUUUGAAGACAAAGAGCUCAGAAUGGGUGCCUGUGUAAGUCAUUGCGGCACAUAUUUGGUGAUAACGCCAAUAAAGGGGUGCAAAAACAAUCUGCUAUAUUUCGCAAGAAUAGAUCCAACUAACCGAAUUAAUAAACCGUUGGAAUUAACGCCAGUAGUAACAACAUUUGAUGCUGAUUAUAAGUAUAUUACUAACGUGGGCAGCAAGUUCUAUUUUAGAACCAAUAAAGACGCGAUGAAUUACAGAAUAAUCAUUAUCAAUUUUAACAAUCCGUCAGAAUCAGAGUGGACAAAUCUGAUUGCCGAACAUCCGAAGGAUGUUCUGCAUGACGUAAAAGUGAUUAAUAAAACAAUGCUGGUCAUUUGCUAUUUAAAAGAUGUUAAACAUACCAUGCAUAUUUUCGAUAUUAACACUGGAAAUAAAAUUUACGAUUUCAAAUUAGACGUUGGAACAGUGAGUGAAAUCAGCGGAAAGAGGCACCACUCAGAAAUGUUUUACAGUGUUUGCUCGUUUCUCACACCGAGCAUAAUUUAUAGAGUGCAAUUUAAUGGAGAUCAAAUCACCGAAGAGAGGUAUUACGAAACCAAAGUCGCUGACUUCGAUCCAUCUUUAUACGAAACCAAGCAAGUGUUUUAUAAAAGCAAAGACGGCACAAACAUCCCGAUGUUUAUUAUUAAUAAAAUCGGGUUUGUGAAUGAUGGAUCGCAACCCUGUCUACUGUACGGCUACGGUGGAUUCAACGUAAAUUUGACUCCUUCGUUUGCCAUAUCGAGACUAGUGUUUGUUGGUAAUUUUAAUGGGGUCUACGCUUUGGCCAAUAUUCGAGGAGGAGGCGAAUAUGGAGACAAUUGGCACAAUGGAGGUAGAUUUGCAAACAAGCAAAAUUGUUUUGACGACUUCCAACAUGCCGCAAAGUACCUUAUUGAAGAAAACUAUACAAGUGCGAGUAAACUGACUAUUCAGGGAGGAUCCAACGGGGGACUUCUGGUGGCUGCCUGCAUUAAUCAGGCACCGGAACUAUUUGGAGCUGCCAUUUGCCAAGUUGGCGUUUUAGACAUGCUGAGAUACCACAAGUUUACAAUUGGCUAUGCCUGGAAGUCAGAUUAUGGCUGCUCAGAUGAAGAAGAUGAAUUCAAAUAUCUUUACAAAUAUUCACCACUUCACAAUAUCACAGUUCCCAAGAAUGGAGCGCAAUACCCAGCAACCCUACUUCUAACUGCCGAUCAUGAUGAUCGAGUUGUGCCUUUACAUUCUCUAAAGUUUUGUGCUGAAUUGCAAGAGAAAAUUGGAAAUUUGCCCCAACAAGAAAACCCGCUGUUAAUUCGCAUUGAAACAAAAGCUGGCCACGGAGCUGGAAAACCAACUGCAAAAAUGAUUGAGGAAAUGACCGAAAUCUUUUGCUUUAUUUCUAAAGCCCUCGGCUUGCCUUUUUCCGAACAGUGAAUAAAAAAGACUUAUCCAAGCACUUGAAUGAAUUGAAAACCAAAACCAAACCAAUAAAAAAGCAGUUAUUCAUAAGGCAAGCCGUAGACUGGGAUAAAAAAUUGUAAUUUAGCUUAGCGAAUGUCAUGUGUGUUAUUACACACUUUCCUAUUGUAUAGUUUCAAAGUGCUUGGCGCAGUAUUUUGAGCAAAAAUUGCUUUAUAUACUUUUUUUAUAUAUUGUAUACACAUUUUAUUUUAUAUACCUUUCUUUGUACGGAUUUUAA